AUGAAAAGUACCAAUCGGUCGAAACGGCCUGUUUCACUUGCAAACUCUCUGGAAUUGGGUCUCGAGGCUUGUCAGCCGACUGAUGGCUCUCAUCAGCUGACUGACGCAUCUACUGCAGCAGAAAAAGCUGUUGCAAUCCAUAGGGAAGAAUACGCUUUGUAUAGGCAAUUAUUAGUAUUCAGUUUUGGGGUUGUGCUUCUUGAGCUAUUGAGUGGGAAAAAUGUUGUUCUGUCUACAGAUGGGGGUCAAGCUCAGCUUUUAACAGAUUGGGCUUGGUCACGAGUAAGGGAGGGUAGAGUGAUGGAUGUCAUCAAGAAAGGUAUUCAUGAGUUGAGCUUGCCUGAAGUAAUGGAAAAUUAUGUUCUUAUUGCUGUUCUGUCCGCUCAUCCACAGUUAUAUGCUAGGCUAACUAUGGAACAGAUUGUAAAGAUACUGGAGAGUAACCAUGAUAUGGUUCCUCAGACUCCAGAUUGCCCACUAUCCUUUAUAGCAUAA